AUGGUGGAAACUAGGGCACAGGCAAAGCUCAAAAACAAAACAGUCAAAAUGACUUCCGAGGCUCCUGAGUCCACCUCACCAAUCACUAUCACCGAGACCGAACACGCGGUCAGAAUCUCGUCCAACGGUCCAAUAACGACGGAUCGCGCGGCUGAGUCCAUGGGAGAGCAAGCAGUCGUGGAGGAUCUGAUGGUGAAGUCGGCCUACAGGAUAAAGACAUCCUUUAUGGCCGCAAUGGACAGAUUCUCCUCAAAGCUACGGACGCUCUUUCAGGAGAGGAUGCCGAUAACAUCCUCCGCAACGCCUCCCAGAACCGGACAGAGAAGCCAAGAGCGCGAGAGGUUUGAGCCCUACGGCGAAAGCAGCAGCCUCGGCAUCUCUGGUCGCACCAAGCGUCAGGCUACGGCCAGCAUUCUCAGCCGCCGACAAACAGCUGGGGGCAAUCCCAGCCAACAUGGGUAA